AUGGCACAUCCACUAUCUCAAAAGCCGGCACUAUCAACUAUUGUUGAAUGCAGUUAUGAGGAAAUGUAUACGCCUGCAUGGAGUCUUGAUCAAGAAUCGCAGUCGUCUCAAAUAACAACUGCUCAUCACUAUGGGCCCUAUGAGAAACCGCCACAGAAGAAACUACGCAUUGAGGAUGAAGAUACAUCGAGACACUGGCAGAUUCCAGUACCAUAUAUACAAAUUACGGACGAUUCGCCAGAUAAGCGUAACAAUAAACAACGCAACCGAAUGAGCUUUGCUAUGGCCGACGACAAUCUUCAGAUGGCUGAGCAAGAUGCUUCGUCGCUUCGUCAAAUCAGAAAGCGAAAAAUGGAGCUCAUAGAAGAAAUUCAAUCUUUGAAAAAUGAGAUGCAUGAGAUUGACAGUGAACUCGAGACUCUUUACUAUGUUGAUGAUGGUAGCAAGUCCAAGAGCAAACUCAUGUCACAAGGAAAGAAGAAAUUUAACCAAGAACCAGAAAAGGGAUUGCAGUGGAUGAUUGAGCGUGGCCUUCUAAGCCCUACGCCCAGUGAUGUAGCUCAAUGGUUGUAUAAAUGCACAACUGAAAUCAAAGGAGUGAGUAAAGCGGCUAUAGGCGACUAUUUGGGUUUAAACGAUCCUUUUGUAUUGGAAGUACUGCAAAAGUAUUGUGAAUUUCACAGUCUAGCAGAAAUGCACAUAGUGGAUGCUCUUCGACUCUUUCUGGCAUCAUUUCGUUUGCCUGGAGAAAGUCAGAAGAUUGAUAGAAUAAUUGAAAAGUUUGCAGCUCAUUACACCAAAGCAAACCCUACAAUCUUCAAGUCGCCGGAUGUUUGUUAUAUACUUGCCUAUAGUUGUGUUAUGUUGAAUACUUUAUUACAUAAUCCAAGUGUCAAGGAUAAACCGUCUUUUGAAAGAUUUCUUUCUAUGAACAGAGACUUUGUUACUUCUGGAGAUAUACAGCAAUCUAUGUUGGGGAAUAUUUACGACUCGAUCAAACAACAAGCUUUCAAAUUGCCGAAUGACUCACUUGGUUCUCUUGUUGAUCAUGCUGAUUAUGAUGGAUGGUUAUUCAAACAAUCAAGCAAUCAAUUUUUGACAGGACCGCUUUCGUGGAAAAGACGUUGGUUCAUUUUGUCAGACUCGUGUUUGUACUAUUUUGAACACCCAAAGGAUAAAGAGCCUCGCGGCAUUAUUCCACUGCAGAAUGUGGGGAUCAAAAGAGUAGAGAAUGCUCCAAGACCACAUACAUUUGAAAUCUAUUCUGUCACUCGAGAUGAAAGGAUAAAGGCAUGCAAAACGGAAUCUGAUGGACGCCUGGAUGAGAGAAGUCAAGUGAUGGCUUUGAAUGUUUGGGUGGAACAUUAUUGGAAAGAUGAAAGAGUGAAAUGGGAUCCUGGACAUUUUGGAAAUAUUAGCAAAUUAUCUGUUUCGACUAAAGCGAUGUGGACACCAGACAUCGUUCUUUUCAAUAAUGCACGGGAUUUCUCACGGGGAUUCGUCGAGGUGAAUCUGCACGUUACGAGUGAUGGGGAUGGGAUGUAUGACAAGCAACAACUUGAUCUCCAAAUUAUGGAACGUUACGAUGGGAAAACACCAUUCACGAGAGACUCAUUCACGGAAAAUGGCGAGUGGCAGAAUUUGGCUAGUUUCCCGGUUGUGGUGUUCGAGUUGCAUUUGCGGAGACGAAUGCUCUAUUUCCUCUACAAUAUCAUCUAUCCGUGUGUAAUGCUAUCGGUAUUCAUCUUGACUCUAAUGCAAUUCAUUUUACCGUGUGAGAGCGGGGAAAAGGUGAGGAAAAGUUUAGAA